AUGCACCAACCACCACGCGACUCGGGCUCCCCAGACCCCUACAUGGGACCCGAACCAGGAUCCGAACCGGACUCAGAACUCGACUUGCAACCAGACUUCCAACCCGACCUCAAGCCCGACUCCGAACCAGACUCAGAACCAAGCUUCAAGACAGACGCCAAACCCUACCCAAACCCAGACUCCUCCCCCUACUCAUACCCCCCCUCACCAUACAACAACAACAACAACAACAACAACAACCCCUCCAACAACACCAACCGCAACCCCACCAACGACUCGCCCUCACCCUCCGCCUCCGACUCCGCCUCGGACUCCGACUCCGACCGCCUCCACGAGACGCGCCCCAACCGCUGGCGCGGCCACCCGUCGACCUGGAAGACGUGGACCGAGCGCGAGCGGCGCACGUGGCUGGCGCUGGAGAACGCGCGGAAAGAGGACCUGGCGGUGCAUUUGUAUAAUGUGUUUGCGUUGCGCAGGGGGUUGAGGGUUGGGCCGGAUGUUGAGGAUGGUCAGGGUCGGGGUCAGGGUCAAGGGGGUGGUGGGGGUGGUGGUGGCGGUGUUGGGGACGGGGACGGGGAGGGGGGUGGUGGUGGUGUUGGUUGGAAGGGGGGGGAGGGGUGGGAGCCGGGGAAGGCAUGGACCGCGUGGCCGAUGAGGGCUGAUGAGGUGCCUGGUGGUGGGUUGCUGCCGCGCACGGCGGAUGUGAAUGAGCCGUUUACGUUUCGGCGGGAGCAGGGGCGGCCGUUUGUAGGGUGUGAUUUGGAGGAUGAGAUCUCGGCUACUAUUCUGCGGUAUGCGAAGGAGCGGUUUUGGAAGAGGGACUUGCAGGGUCCGCGGGGGAACGGAGAGCCCGUGGUGCAGUCUAUCGAGACGGCCGAUGCUACGACAGAAGGCGAGACGGACGCGUCGGAUAUCGGGGAGACGACCGACCAGGACGAGGAGACGGACGAGCCGCGCAGAACGCCCUGGCACCAGCAGCGCCCCGUGUCGCCGACAUUUACGCCCGUCGUAUCAGCUGACGACGAGCGGUCGUAUGCGCUGCUUCGGCCAGCGACGCGCCGGAUCAUGUCAAGGCUUGACGACACCCUCAUGGUCCUACAUAACCAGCGUAUGGCUGGCCUUGGCAGCAUGUCUGAGUCUUCUGCUAGUGACGAGGAAGAGACAGACGUAGAGGUAGAGGGCCUGCUGGAUAAAGCGCCUCGGGUACGACCAAAGUCGCGAGGGGGGGGUCGACCUAGGAAGGUGCAUGUCCCCCGGGAGGGGGAAACAGAGCAGGAGAUGUUGAUUAGAGUGGCAAGAGAAAACAGGAGAAAACUACCAACAUUCUCUUCAGGGGUAGAAUCUGGGGGAGAGGCCGACCGCGAUAGGAGCAGGGGCAACAGUCUUGGUAGGGGGGAGCGCUCAGCAUCGGUGGCCUCAAAGGCCACUUCGCGGGCUAGUUCGGGGUCAGCAAGAUCUAAAAGCUCCAGCACCUCAGUCGAGGCCAACAGGGAGAAGCUGCUCGCCAGAUGGGGCCUGCGUAACUGGCGAAGCGUGCUGGGUGCUGCCGCCUUGGCUGGCUUCUCACCAACGGUGAUCGCUCGUGCCACCCAGAGAUGCUCGACGCUGUUUGGGGAGGGGAUGACGAUACAUACGCUGCAUGAGAAGUCUGCUACGUCCGGUAAGGCCGGUGCGGAGACCAUGCGGGCUAUCGAGGGGUUUACGAAGCGGAUAAACUUGUCUCGACACCUCAGGGAGGUACACGGCAAGCGGGCGGCCGCGUUUACGGACGACGAGGAGGACAGCGCGGAUGAAAUGGACGGUGGCGUGCACGUGGACGGGUUUCUCCAGCCGAUCAAGAUGAGGAAGGGGUGGCGGGGAGAGGACAUACAGCAGCGUCCGCUUAGGUCACGCAAGAAGGCUAGGGCAGAAUCCGAGGAACUGGAUUCGACGCCUAUCCCCCCCCCUCGCAAUCCACACGCUCCUCAACCCAACCUCCUUCGCUGGCACAUGAUCCACCGGCAGACUCCUCGCCACAUGCAACAGCCCCCCCUCCUCCUUAACCACCCCAAACUCCCGCCUCACCCCCUCAAACAAAUACCCAAAAUUCGCCAAACUCGGCUUAUAACUCCCGAUCGCCUGCGCCGUGUACACGGCAUCAAAGCCCACCCCGCCCAGCGGCCCGUCCUCCGCCACGGCGCGCCCAAUAUUGGCCUCAUCUACAUUACUCAGAAUCACCAGCUUGUAGAAGCGCCGCAGCCUGCACAGCCCGUCGACCGUGUCGGAAAAGGCGGGCCAGCGCCCCGGGCCCGCGGCCACGCUCGCAGCGAACUGCUGCGUUUCUGCUCGCGUCAGUGGUACCGGCACGUCGCCCACGUCGCGCGCCUCACCCGCGAGAAGGCGGGCGGAUUCGGCCCAGGUUGA